AUGAAUCCAGAAGAGGCUAUGAGACUUACUGAGAACUUGGAAACUAGCAACAACACCAAGAACACUGAUUUUGAGAGAAGAAAAGCGGCAAAUACCCUAGGAAAAGAGCAGUUGAACGAUAUGCAAACCAAAUUGGACAGUGUUAACAAGCUGCUAAAGAAGCAAGUUAGCUUUGCUAAAGAAGUAGAAGCUAUAGAGACUGAUGAGGAGAGAUAUGAAGAAGAAGACGUGAAUUACAUUGGAGGAUUCCAGAGAUUUGAGAAUCAGAGUGGAAACAGGAACUUCUAUGGCAACAGUCAGAGGAGCAACUUCAAUCAGAACUCACGGUACCAGAAGCCCUUCAGCAACAAAAACUACAACAACAACAAGAAUCUCAACAAUUCUUUCUACCAGAAUCACCCACCAUCUACUCAGAUUGGAGCAAUGCUUGAUUCAGUUCCCACCCAUUAA